AUGGGUCGCGAGGCUCUCCGUUUAAAAUUAGACGCAUUCCGAGGCUUCGCGAUGAAGUCGGUGCCCAAAAAGAGUAAUCCGCACACAACGACGGGAAUAACUCGGACGAGUCGAGUCCAUCCCGACGCGCGAUAUUUCGGGCAGGCUACGGACUUCGGCGAGGAUGUCGGUCCGCCGCCAACGGGCCUGCGUCCGUGGGACAUUGUUUACGCGGCCGAUCGGCGUGGGUUACACAAUACUCCACAGGCGCAGUGUAAAGAUGAGUUGGCCAGGGCUUCUGCACGUGGGUCGAAAGUUAAGGCCGCCAGUCUAAUGCGUGGAUCCUUCGCAACGCAGUGUGAUUCGGGCGUGGGAGUUGUU